AUGGGCACCCUGGGAAAGACAAUCACGUGCCGGGCAGCCAUCGCCUGGGCAGAAAAUUCUCCUCUUUCAAUUGAGGAAGUGCAAGUUGAGCCACCGAGGUCUGGAGAAGUUCGUAUUAAGAUGAUCUCUUCAGGGAUCUGUGGUACUGAUGAACAUGUGCUGAAAGGAGAACUGGUGGUGAACUUUCCUUUAAUUCCGGGUCAUGAAGGAGCAGGAAUUGUGGAGAGUGUUGGUGAUGGAGUUUGCACGGUAAAACCAGGAGAUAAAGUGCUCACCCUAAUUAUUCCACAGUGCAGAGAAUGUGAUGCCUGCUUGUACCCCAAAGGGAAUUUCUGUGACAAGCAAGACGUCCUUCCUUGUUCCGGGGUGAUGCUGGACGGGACCAGCCGGUUUUCCUGCCGGGGACAGACGGUUUAUCACUCUUUCCGCACAAGCACAUUCACGGAGUACACUGUCGUGCCCGAGAUUGCAGUGGUAAAAAUCGAUGAUGCUGCUCCGAUGGAUAAAGUUUGUCUCAUAAGCUGUGGCGUCCCUACAGGCUAUGGGGCGGCAGUUAACUCAGCCAAGGUCACUCCUGGAUCUACCUGUGUGGUUUUUGGACUUGGAGGGGUCGGCUCUGCCAUUGUCAUGGGCUGCAAAACCUCUGGUGCUUCCAGAAUCAUUGGGGUUGACAUCAAUGAAGAGAAGUUUCCUCGGGCAAGAGCCUUGGGGGUCACUGACUGUCUCAACCCUAACAAGCUCCAGAAACCCGUCCACGAGGUGGUGAAGGAAAUGACGGGGGUUGGCGUUCACUUUGCCUUUGAGGCCAUCGGACGGGUUGAUACCAUGGAUGCUGCUUGGAACUCCUGUAACAACAGCUAUGGCGUCUGUCUGAUCGUUGGGCUAGCUCCUUCCGAUGCGCAGUUAUGCCUCGAGGCAGCCAAGAUUGUGUCUGGGAAAACCCUGAAGGGCGUGUGUCUGGGAGAUUAUAAAACCAGAGACUGCAUUCCCCAAAUAGUGACUGAUUAUCUCCAAAAUAAGAUUAAUAUAGAUCCUUUAGUGACUCAUCAGCUGCCUUUUAAUCAGCUUGACAAAGCCUUGGAGCUGUAUCAUUCAGGAAAAGUCAUCCGCUGUGUUCUGCUCUUCUGA